ACUGCGUGUUCGUCGUCGUGUUUGUGCGCUUGCUGCAAGACUCGAUCUUAUAGAAUGGAGGCGUUUGAAUUCAUCGCCUUUAAUAUCUUUUCCUUAAUCUUUUUGACAGCGUGCGAGCCUAUUAUUGGGAAUGUUCCUCUCUAUGCAACCAAAACAGGCUAUGAUAUCUCUAUAGAAACUACAGGCAGAGUGAACAACGUCGAGAAAUAUUGGUUGGAGUUGGCGAGAUCUACCGGUGCCAGCGUUCCAGAAGGCCUGGAAAAUUGCACACCUCACGGCGUGUAUGCUGUCUACCGACACGGUACACGCUACCCGAGUGACGGUGACAUCGAAGACGUCCACAACAUCAUCGAUCGGCUGCGAAGCACAGACGUCAAUCCUGAAUUCCAGUACCUCCGAGAUGCUGUCAAAAUCCCCUUGUCCAAUGCAUCGCAGCUUGCCGAAACUGGUUAUAGAGAAAUGAGGGAACUAGCAGCGAGAAUGGCCAACCGUUUCCCCGUGCUUUUCCCGGACAGUGAUGUUGACCUUUCCCGCUACUCGUUCCAAAGCACGGGGAAAACACGCACCAUCGACAGCGCGCGUGGUUACAUCCAAGGCGUGGUCGGGGAACAACAAAUCUGCAAAACAAACUACUCUGAGAGAUCCUUUACUGUCAAUUGUACAGAAAAUGAUGGAACACAGACUCCAACCUCGACAACUGUGCCGCAUAAUCCUAUUGACGAUGACCUCCUGUUGAGGUUUUAUGAUGUUUUUGAGGAUUGCACGGAGGCAAUAAAUGGAGGCAGGACUGAUCGGGAGCAAGAUGAGUUCCGAGAUGGGUCAGACGUCGGGGAAGUUUGGCAGAGGGUUGCUGAGAGGUUAGCUGGACCGGGACGUGGCACUUGGAAUAUCUCAAGAGAGGAAGUGAUUUUGCUCACUGAAAUCUGUGGUUACGACCUUACCCUGAAUAACGACAAUGAAACCUGGUGUAAGCUAUUUGAAACUCAAGACCUCUACGCCCCAGAAUACCACUCUGACUUAAAGAAUUACUGGAACAAAGCCUAUGGGUUUAGCAUCAACUACAGAAUCAGCUGUACACUUGCCAACGAUGCUCUCAAAUAUCUACAGGAUAGAGUAGAUAAUCCGACGCAAUCUCCUCUAGGUAACUUCAAAUUUGCCCAUUCAGAAACCAUCGUUCCUCUACUAGCCCUCCUGGAUCUAUUUGAUGAGCCCCUUCCACUCCUAGCAUCAAACUUCCUGGAGAACAUCAACAGGACCUUCCGAGCAGCCCACAUGUCGCCGUUUGCUGCCAACGUGGCGUUUGCCUUAUACGGCUGCACCACUGACUCUGCUGUGACAUACCGUGUGCAGAUGCUCCUCAACGAAAGCCCCGUUCAGUUAGAGUUUUGCGAGGGCCAGUUCUGCACCUUGGAGGAAUUUCAGGCAGGAAUUGAGGCUAGGAUUGGGACUUGUGACUUCACAGAAGAAUGCGCUGAAGCACUACAAGACAGGACAACUCCAAACCCAGGGGGCAGUGGGGCUGACAUCAACUACUCGGUCUGUUUGCAAUUCCUCCUGGCAUAUGUCAUGUUAGUUGCAUUGUCUUUCACUGGGGCUAAUUAGGUAAACAAAAUGUAGAUGUUGACAAGAUUUUAUGUACAUAAAGAAAUAGGUCACAAGAUUGACAAAGCUUCGCAAGAAAACAGUUAAGGCUCGUGCAUGCUUCUUUCCUAGUACUGGUAUAUUAUUAUGUUACACACUUAUAAAUGAACUAAAGUUUUAUAAUCAUUAUAAUUAUGCAUGUAAUACUAACAAUGUUUACAUAUUUUUUUCUCCGGAGUACUAAAAAGACGCAUUUCACCUCAAUUCUUUCCCCACUAUUGAGCAACUCUCAGACAUAUUUAAAAUAUAUAUAUAUACAAAUGUAGGUUAUAUUUUAUGAAAAGAAAAUUAUCAGUUUGAUGAAAAAAUGUUUUUAAUGUUUUAACGUGGUUUUUAAUUAAAAAACUAAUAUGUAUCUGUGGAUAAUCUUGCAAGGCAAGUGCAUAUAUUGCCAGCAACUUUGCCAAGGAUAACAUGUACUUGACAAUCACUAGUUUUGUACUGUGGGAUAACAUGUACGAUUUCUGCAUACAUCAACCAAAUUCUCAUUCGACUCUUUUAUAAAAGGGCUAUUAAAAUAUUUAAGGAUAUUAUGAAUCAAAAUGAGCGGAAACAAUUUAAAUGCUGGGGAAAAAGAGAGGGCUAUUAAAAUAUUUUAGGACAGUAUAAAUCAAAAUGAACGGAAACAAUUUAAAUGCUGAGAAAAAAAAGAGAAACAGUUUCAAACUUUCAGGGGAAAUUAAAUGCUACUGUUAUUUUUGAUAAAAAUAUACAUGUAUGUUGUUUUUGUUCAGUUACUUUUGAUUAUGUGUAUUGAUUGUUUAUUGCCAAAUUAUUUUAAGACAAUGAUGCAUGAAUUUGCUUACACUUUAUUAAUGUUGCAAUGCAAUAAAUUCAAAGUGUGCUUGAAAAUCUUGGGAAGAGUCAGAUCCUUUAAGACUUCAAAAGAUGAAACAUUAAUGACGAUAUCGUCAAGACCCACAAGGACCACAAAAAAAAAAAAAUUAUGUGAUAAAAUUAUGUCUUUGGUUCUUCUGCUUCAUUUUAUUGAAAAAUAGACAAACGGCAAAAGUUGCCUUCUCCUAAUUCCGUCCACUUACAUUGGUUGUUAUAAUCUCACCAAAUGCACGAAACAAAAAGUCAACAAACAUUUGACUUCAAGAUGCAUCAAAAGCUACAACAAACACUUCACUUCAGUGUGACAAAGAAAACUAUUUACAUACUUUUUAACGAGACUAGCUCACAAAGGGAUGAAAGCCUAAAUAUCUUACAUGUAUACAAUUAAUGCACAUGACCCAAUGGACAACAAAAAUCUGUUUUAUAUAAAUUUUCACAUUUUUGUUUGUUACAAAUGACACUACACACUAUAUUUCUGACAAAUAUUCUCAAUUGACUUUGAGCGUGAACUGAACCCAGUGAUUCAUAAACACCAACAUCUGGGUCAUUUGUGAAAACAUGGCAAAUCUUCACGCUGUGGCUUUCAGAAGGCCCAUGGAUGCUGGAGCUAUGGAUUAAUCUGGGCAAUGGAGCUUAGUGUUUGAAGUCACAGCCACUUUCAUGUGGACUAACAAUGUCACUUGAUGCAGUGCAACUGCCACACCCAGAAUUUCAUAAAUGACAAUGGAUUACAUCACCUUAAUUGCUAAACCUUCAUGUACCUAUUGUCUUCUGUCUACAGUUCCUGAAGUACUGUUAGAAUAAUAAAAUGCGGCAUAUGACUGGAUUCAGUA